GCCACACGCAGCGCGAGCGUCUGCCGCACGUGCAGGCCCUGGCCGCCACCGCGCACGACCUGCAGGUUCCCCGCGCCCGCAUCUACACCUCCUACACCUCCUGCACCUCCUUAUCGUCGCCCUCGCUUGGAUUCGAACUACGCGUUCGUAGCCGCAGCUCCUUUUUUUAUUCGAAUCCUCGAGAGCGUCCGCUCCGAAUGUAAAGUAUUCGCUUUAUUCGACUCCGCGACCGAGCGGCGCGGUGUCCACUUCGGGCGAUCGGUGAUUUCCGACACCGCAAUUCCCUGAACAAAACAUAUUGUUAUCUGUUUUUUUUACUGUUAAUGAGAGGGAUGACUACAUUUCUAAGAGGGGUGUGAGGGAUGUGAAAGCAAGGAUAAGACAGGCAAGUGACUCGCGGCCGCCGCCACCCGCAGGGCAUGCAGCGCGAUCUGGUGGAGCAGGUGGUGCGCCGGCUGAGCGACGCCGUGUACCGCGGGGAGCGCGCCCCGCUCGCCCGCCGCCCCUCCGCGCGCCGCCGCACUGCGCUGCUGCUCGCCGAGCUGACCAAGAGCGAGGAGGCGACGGCGGCGUACCUGGAGGAGGUGACGCCGGAGUACGAGGCGGCGCUGGGGGAGGAGGACCGCACCUUCGAGACGACGGUGGUGGUGGCGCUCGAGGCGCUGGCCGUGCUCGGCGAGCUGCAGGACGCCACAGAGAAGUUUAAGGUGCAGAUCCAGGCGGAGCUGCUCGAGGUGAUCGAGGCGGUGUCGCGGCGCGUGCUGGAGGAGGGCGAGGGCGAGGCGGAGGGCGAGAGCGAGGCGGGUGCGGAGGGCGAGCCGGAGGGCGAGGGCGAGGUCGAGGCGGAGGACGAGCUCGAGGGCGGGGAGGCGGGGCGCACCCUGGCGCGCCUGCUCGCCCGCCUCACCGAGGAGUUCCGAGACUGCGGCGCCAGGAACGAGAGGCUGGUGCAGCUGUGGCGCGCGUCGCUGCCCAACUACCGCGCGGCCGUCGCGCACGUCGCGCACGCCGCGCACGUCGCGCACGCCGGCAACGCCUCUGCGCCGGUGAGCGAAGCGCGGGAGCUGCAGCAGGCGUACGAGCGCGAGGCGGAGAUCCUGGGCGCCAGCCUGGGGGACGGCGAGGUGGCGCGCCGCGAGGUGGUGGGGGACGCCGCGCCGCUGGUGCACCUGGCGCUGCUCGCCGAGUCCGCGGUGGGUCCGGCCUGGCUGAGCGGCAAGGUGCGCUCGCUGGGCGCGUACCUGGCGGCGCCGGGCGGGGCGGGGGGCGCGCUGCGGCCGCCCGACUCCUUCGCGGCCGAGCUGUCCGCCGCGGCCGCCGCUCUCGACGACGUCUGCCACGAGUGCCUGCUCUUCUUACAUCUGGAGCUGCGCAUCGAGUGCUUCCACUACCUGGGGCAGGAGGAGCGCGGCGAGGAGGAGGAGGGCGCCGGGGGCGCGGGCGGAGCGGCGCAGCUGGCCGCCGCGCUGCUCGCCUUCCACGAGCGCGCCGCCGCCGUGCUGGCGCCCGCGCGACUGGCGGUACGUGUCGCUCGCCCGCAGGCUGUCCCCCCGCGGCACCCCCACGACCCUCUGCAGCCCCCCCUGCCCUGUUGCAGUACGUGA